CUGCUCUUGAUUGGCACAAUUCAAAGGAAGAAGAGUGCGCUUUCUUCUGCUUCUAUGAUAUAGUUUCAUUACUGGCCUUGUUGUCUGACACCUGAACGGGAUUCCCGAAUCACAAGCAUCGAGAUCGACACUUCGACCACGACACUUUACAUAUACUUCUACAUCUACAACAACUGAACUUGAGAAACCAUAUAUACCCACAAUGGCCGCCCAGGGUCCCUCCCCGCUGCCCCCCACGACAAUCCUCUCCUCCAAGCCCAUCUCCCAAGCCGCCGCACAUGAUUUCCUGGCCGCUUACCUCGAUCGCGCCGCCACAGACCCCGCACUCCAGCCCAAUGCCGGUAUCAGCGAACAUGGUCCCACCUCGCGCACUACGGCCGCAGCCCCGAAUCUUAUCUUGCACAAUCUGAAGCGCGUCCAGGCUGGACUGGCUGGUGAGGUCCUGGGUCGGGAUCUGGCUCUUGCGAAGCUCAGCGCCGGAGAGGAGGCGCAGUCUGGAAAUGACGGGUGGGAGGAUCCGAAGAAGCUGCAAGAGGUCGUUGCCGAGGAUGAUGAUGAAGGUCAGAUGGAACUGGAUGCUGCUGAGCCGGAGCAGGAUGCCGAGGCCGUUGGAGGUCUUGAUAAAGAGGAAAGGAAGCGGAAGAAGAAGGAACGGAGACUGGCAGAGAAAAGGGCAAAGGCCAAAUCGGACGCUUGAGUUUGAAGAGAAAGUAAAAGAAAAGUUUGCUUUGGCUGAUACGGGUUUGUAAUGGGUUGCAUCAGCUCUAUUAUGGGAUCUGCUUUUCUGUUGUUGUCUUGGGUUACAAAAUAGACAACGUGCAUACUGCAUUGGCGCAUUCAAGGCGAAACUGUCUUAUUGGAGGACGAUUAUGAUUUGCUUAUUUUACUUGUUAGAAACUCAAAAAAUCAUCCACGAGUAAAAGGCCUUCGAAGCCCAUGCCCGGGCCUUU